GCAUGGCACAUUUUUUUGUGGAAGGUAGACGCUAGUAGCUUUCCGUUCAUAGUAGGCUACCACCGCCCGAGCGGCCGAGUUCCCCCGCGUCUUACUGUAGGCUAAUGAUGUCCUUCCACUGAAUACGAAACCGACAGUUUUGACUGCAUUUUCGCGAUUAGCUGUUCCACAUUGGGACUUCUUCUAAACUGAAUCAAAGCUGGCUUUAGCUGUCUCACCUUUCGAUUCUGUCUUUCUAUUCUCUAGACUUCCUACUCGCCUGGCCACUCAUCUUUCCCGCAGAAUAUCUGCUGCAGUCGACAAAUAAAACCGAUUAUUCGCAGAUUGCGUUUACAUCUGGACACGCUCGGGAGAUUUGAGGCCUACUGUUAGCCCAUCUCUAUUGUAAAGAAGAAAACGUCUACGUGUUUUUGCGACUAUAUAAUGCCGACACAUCUGCGAUUUCGGAGAAGGUCAUUCCUUGGGCUUAUAUUCCUCUUCUCACUGUCCACCACGGCAUUGUACUUCAUCUAUUCAGCGCCUGGUAUCGUAAAUGAGUACCUGUUUAUGGUGCAGGCCACAGGGAUUCACAUCAAGGACAACGUGAAGAAUAUCGGUGUUCAAGUUCUAGAGCAGGUGGUCAGAGGUGGUUACAAUAUCAAUGGCACAGAUUAUGCCUAUGACUUCAACCUGAGUGAGAGUGAUGUGCCGCCCACCACAUACCUCCCCGACAGCUUCACCUAUUUGUCCUCACAGAUUUGCCCAGAGAGACUGCCCUCCAUGAAGGGGAGGCUGGAGGUGAAUAUGAGUGAGAUGGCUCUGGAGGAUGUGGAGAGGGUUCUGUUGAAUGCUGAGCCUAGCAUGACCCUGGGGGGCUACUGGAAGCCCAGGGACUGUGUCCCACGCUGGAAGGUGGCGAUACUGGUCCCAUUCCGAAACCGCCAUGAGCACCUGCCUAUCUUACUCAAACACCUGAUACCAGCACUACAAAGACAGAGGCUACAGUUCGCCUUCUAUGUUGUAGAGCAGGUUGGUAGUGAGCCCUUCAAUAGGGCCAUGUUGUUUAACGUGGGCUUCCAGGAGGCUAUGCGGGACCUGGACUGGGACUGUAUGGUGUUCCAUGAUGUAGACCACAUGCUGGAGAACGACAGGAACUACUACGGCUGUGGAGACAUGCCUCGCCACUUCGCUGUCAAACUCAACAAGUACUCCUACAUGCUUCCGUACAAUGAGUUCUUUGGUGGCGUCAGUGGUCUAACAGUGGAACAGUUCACCAAAAUCAAUGGCUUUCCCAAUGCAUUCUGGGGCUGGGGAGGAGAAGACGACGACCUUUGGAACAGGGUGCAGUAUGCUAACUACACGGUCAGUCGGCCGCAGGGAGAGUUGGGCCGUUACAUGUCAAUCCCACACCACCACCGUGGCGAGGUGCAGUUCCUGGGAAGGUACACUCUCCUAAGGCGCUCUAAGGAGAGACAGAGUCUGGAUGGGCUCAACAACCUGCGGUACUCCCCCCUAUUGUCCCGGAGGCCUCUCUACACCAACAUAUCAGUCAGCCUGAGCAGGAAGCUAGCCCCUAUAGCAGACUAUAACUGACCAGGAUGCAGCGGGCCACACAGCCCUCCGGGGAAACGAAGUCAUUAUGGACGUCAGCCAUAUCUCACCAGUCACAGCACUCCUUAGGACUUUUUAGUUCAUUUACUUUGAUUCGGUUUUUUAAGCAAAAAAGACAUGCAGAACGGUGUUGAUUGAUCAAUCCUCGUGACAUGUAAGGAGAAAGCCGCACUCGUUUUGUGCUGUGGUCCAUCAAUCGCUUCUAUCAUCCGGGCUUCUCCACUCUUCUGUCUCCACCUGCCCUCCACACCAUUUUGGGCCUUUAGCAUUCAUUCUUUCAUUAAUUUGUUCAGUAAGUCAUUAAUUCACUCAUGGAGACAAUGGCAACUGUAACCAUAAGGGAAACAGGAACACUUUCCCUCUAUAGGGCUGUGGUGUGGAGGGGACAGUAGUGUAGUUUGUGGAUGUGGCUGAAGGAGUUAGGUUGUACACAAAUCUGCUGACACAGUCCCGAGGCUUUGAUUUUAUUUUGACCUUGAAUAUUUGACCUGAAUAUUUUUCAUUGACUUAUUAAACCUGUGAAAAACAGACCCACACAGAGUAGGUCCUCACAGCUGGCUCUGUGUAGGACAUGGAGGGAGAGAGAGACGCUGUGGACAAAGGUAUAACAUUAGCUUGAGACUGACUUGUGUGCAGAGUGGCUGACUGGUCACAGUAGACACACCUUUAGCUAAAUAAACAUACUAGCCUAGCAAAUUGAACAUAUUUGACAGUACAGUGUGAGAGAGAGAGGGAUAGCUAUGUAUGUGUGAGUGAGAGAGGGAUAGCUGUGUAUGUGUGAGAGAGAGGGAUAGCUGUGUAUGUGUGAGAGAGGGAUAGCUGUGUAUGUGUGAGAG